AUGGGGACGCCAGGAGAGGGACGCACUGCGCUCAGCGACGUAACAAACAUACAUACUCCAGCGGCACAAUAUCCAGAAAAUAACACCGUUGAAGGAGCGCGUUCAACUUAUGGGACAGCGGUCGUUCUGCAACCAUCGGGCGAAGGAUGCAUUUCCGCCCCAACCAUGACUGUUUUUGACGUCAUGAAUAUGGCAGGAACCUCGGCCGGAGUAGGGCAACAGUCACCGUUCCAGACAGGGUAUUCCAGAAUUUUUAUUGGGCCAUCUUCGGUCCAAGACAAAGAUAAUCAAGACCCAUGUCAUUCUCCAAAAUGGUUGCAUCGAAAUGAUAACUACGUCAGAAUGAGGCAUCAAGUGUAUGGAGAUAGUGCACUUCAGCAAUCUGCUGAAAUGUUUCAGGAUCCAGAUCACGUAGAAGACAUGGAAGAUGAGAGCGAGGACGACGAAACUAGGCAAUUUCGUGACGAAGAUGGAUUCGAGUCAUACCGUAUAUAUGGCAAUGGUGUUGGUGAUAAUGACGCUGAUGACCCUUUCGACUACGUCUACCAGGAUUUACCAGAUCAGCAUCAUGUUUUGAAAAAAGUAGAUAAUGAUGCAAAAUAUUUCAGAAAACACAUACGUUACUUCAACUCUCAUUUCUCUUUCACGACCCUUGGUGUUACCUUGGAUCGGCGAGUUGCCACCGCAGCAGGAACUGGUAUCUAUACAUUCCGGGUGCAAGGUUUCUUGUACCACCGACUCGACCAUUUGGUGCCAAGUUCCAAAGGGUUGCGGCACAUGCAGCUCUACUUUUAUGAUACAGCAGAUGAAACAUUAACACAUAGAUCACGGAGAUCUCCUGACCUUGAUAUCAACCUCAUAAGAAAUGUUCUCAAGAUAUUAGAGGACAACCCUUAUGUUCACACCUUCAAGAGGGUUGGAGCCAUACCAAAUCUUGAUGACUACGUAAUUGAACUAAACACCAAUGUCAUGCCAGACCAACGGAGGUACCUUGUCUACCACACUACCUAA